ACCAUAAACAAAAUUUGAUCCACAAAACACAAACAUUAAUUUAGAUCAACAAAUACCUUCCUGCAACAGAAAGAGGCAAAAGCAAGAAAACGAAAACAAACACGCAAAAUGACCGAUACAAAUGGUAAUGAGAUCUCCAGCAAUGGUGAUAUAAAUAGACAAUCUGAAUCACCGGCACGUACUAUUGAUUCGCAUGAUUCAACAACGGGCAGCAUGGACACAAUAGUCGAUCGUUCAACACAUAAUACUGCAACAGCAACCUCUACAAGUAAUCAUGAGGAAAUGAUGCAGAGCACCAUUGAACAGAGUACGAAUACAACAAAUAUGCAACAGCAACAUAAUAGUUUAACAAAUUCCGAAAUAGCCAUGUUGCAACAACAAAAUCCAAGCGGAAGUGAUGAUGAAUUAAUAUUAAAACAUCAACCAGAUCCACAGCAGCAACAACAGCUACAACAACAGAUGAUGCAAAAACAAAUGCAACAAAAACCCAUGGACGCCCAAAGUCAUAUCUAUUCCAGUCCAGUUUAUGAUGAGAAACCACCACAACCCCUUAAACUUACAGCCGCCACUUUACUGCAGACCACUAAAAUAAAAGAGCUAGAUAAACCCAAAUUAAUUUCACACGAAGAAUUCAAACAGCAACUGCAAGAAACCAUAGCCUCUAGGGCAGCUACUCUGGACUCAAGAAUAAGUAAAAAACAAAGAUUUCCUCCAGAACUCAUCAAGGAUGAUGGCAGUUCUACUAAGUCAUCCAAGUCAUUGAAGAAAAAACGUUCCAUGCCUAAGAGCAGUACCGCCUGUUGUUCAGCUUUUCCGGUACAAAUUAUUUUGGGUCUUUUGCAAUUGGUCUUGGCCAUUUCCCUGGUUGCCUUGGGCUCUUUGUUGAUUGUGCGUGAUGCUUCUCUAUCCACAGCUGGCUGUGGCAUAUGGACAGGUUUAAUAGCGGCCGUUACUGGGUCGUUGGGUGUGGUGGGUUUGCGUAAAACUCAAACCUCUUUUUUGGCAUUAAGUUUAGUGUGUAUAGCGUCGAGUACUUUGGCAUUGGCCAUUUCUGGAAUUGGUCUGUCACGGGACGUAAAUCGUUCAAAAGAACAGUUCAAUUUGUUAAACGCCAAUAGCGAGAUUUCUGCGGCCUCUGGUUUAAUAUUCACAUUGUUUUUACAUUUCAUAGUUAGUAUACUAUCGGUGUAUCGUUGUGCAUUGCAAAUGUGCUCAAGAUCUAAGACGGCUGAAUUGCAAGACAUUAUUAUUAAAUCAAAUGCAAAUGGUUUAACCCUGCAUCCAGAUAGUGUUGAUCAAUAUGUCAAAGCCAUGUCUAUAGCCGGAAGUGAGAAGAACAAUAAUGAGAAAAUGGCCGCUUUAUGGAUGUAUGCAGCUCAAACGGGAAAUAUGAUAACACCACAACCGAAAAUGACUCCAUCAGGAAGACCUGUUAUGUUGAUACCAGCCACUGGAACUUUACCACAUCCAAACACUAUGAUGAUGCCACCACCACAACCCAUGAUGGGACCACCACCAAUGGCUGCUUAUCGUGGCAUGACUUUGCCCUACAUGAGAACCACUUCAAUGCCCGUAAUCUAUGCACCACCACCCGGCAGCAUGCCUGGUACUUAUCGCACCCAUAAGAGCUCAAAAUCCAAUGAGGCGCGUAAAAAACGCCGAGCAGCCGCUCAAGUCUUACGUUCCGGCAAGUCGAAUGCCGAUCGUCGUCAGAGACGUAAGUCUGAUGCUGAUGUUGUAGAUGGCAAUCCAUCCUUUCAAUAUCACGGCUUAGAUCGAGCUAUAGCCGAUAAUUUUUUGGCACGUCAAGAACAAUCGCAUACUGGUAGUCAUUUGGAUUAUUCUUCAUCGUCGGGUGCUAGCGAUACUUAUAGAAAUACUGCACCCUCAAGAGCAUCAUCGAAAACAAAAAUUGUCUGUCGUGAUGUUGUAAUGUAAGAGUAAAAUAUUGUUGUAGUACUUAUAAAGUUUUCUUUAGAUUUAAGUUGAUUACUUAAUUAUUAUUAUUUUUAAUCUAUUGUAUAUACAUUUUUUUAAGACAAGGAAAACUAAUCUAUUCAAGAUUUAUCAAGGAUAUAUAUUUUUUAUAACCUUAAUUUCACGUACGUGAAAUACAUAUUUUUAUUUUAUCUUUUUAAUAUUUAACUAAUAAUAUGAACGAUUGUAUAUUUAAAUUAAAUUUUGAUAUUAAUAUUUAAUAAAAUUUUAAAAAUAAAAGAAA